AGAUCAGACGCUUUGUUAGUGAGGGAGAGGCAGAUAGCACUGUGAAAUAGAGAUUUCCCCUCUUUUGCGACAGUGUUUUUUUUUUUUUUUUAAUAUAUAUUCUCUUUCUUAGUAAGCUUGCAGUGCUACACAUGUAGAAAACAUGUUAUAAAUAUAUCAAUUUUAAAGGCCAUCAGGAAGUUUCGAACAUAACGCACAUUAAAGUUAGGUUAUAAGUUAGUUAUCUCGGCUGACAUCCGUUUUAGAUUUACUCUCGUCGCUUUUGCCUUUAAAUGUCGUUUAGACACCAGAUGAAUGAUUUUCGUGGAAGGUGAACUAAAGAGACGCGUUUUAGUGUUGAGUUUGACCAGCAGUGUGUGACUGAACUCACUGACACGGUUUUAAACGUAACCCGCAACAUAACCGGCACGUUUAUAUAAAGAAACGUCCAUUUUAAUAGCUCUUUGUUAAUUUGACGUCGUGUAUUGAUAGUGUAGGCUAACAGAAAGACCGUGACAAUCUGGAUGCUGUUAGACAUUUCGAGCAGAGACAGACUUAGAAGCGAAGUCUUGGAGUCGUAGUUUUUUAGGUUUAGGAAAGGAUGAAGUCUAAAAUAUCUGUCUGGAAAACGAACUGAGUGUUUUUAUACGAACUGUUUUAAUCGUGGAGGAAAUAUUUCCCCUUUUACUUUCCUUACUUUAGCUCGAUGUUGAAGUGUGAAAACCAACUGCCUCAAAUGUUACGUUAGAAACACCUCAGCCUUACCAAAAGGGUCUUGUAAACAAAGUUUAUUUGCCAAGUCAAGUUUAUUUGGCAAAUAUAACAACCCACUCAGAGCACAGAUUUAGCUUUAGACCAAGAAAUCCUCUCACACAGCUGUGGUUUCGCUAGCCGGUGUGCUAGCCUCCACCUCAGCUCUCAGAAAUGUCGAAUAUCUCCAACGAAGCCGUGAUCUUGAUUAAAGAUGUAAAGCCAGGAUCGAAAAACCUUAAUAUCGUCUUUAUAGUUUUGGAAAUCGGUCGGGUGACGAAGACAAAGGACGGGCACGAGGUGCGCUCGUGCAGGGUGGCGGAUAAGAGCGGCAGCAUCGCCAUCUCUGUGUGGGAUGAGCUGGGCAGCCUCAUCCAGCCCGGGGACAUCAUCCGCCUCACGAGAGGGUAUGCUUCAAUCUGGAAGGGGUGCCUUACACUGUACACUGGAAGAGGAGGAGACUUACAGAAAAUAGGAGAGUUCUGUAUGGUGUAUUCUGAGGUUCCUAAUUUCAGUGAACCAAAUCCAGAACUGCUAGCACAAGCUAACCAGCAGAACAAGACGGGUAAAGAACAUCGGGGAAAUUCUCCACCGAAUCAAAAUGCAGGUACUCCUGCGCAGACAGGAAAUGGUACUGUGCCAGUAUUUCCCAAUAACAGUGCUGCACCUGUGCCUCGGGAUCCCAAUUUUGGGGCUCCAGGAAGACCAAAUGGGCGUGUUCCAGGCAAUGGACCACCCCCAGUAACUGCAGGGGGAUCCCCUGCUCCAUCCAAACCCACAGUUACCAUUAGCAAUGGCAGAGACCCAAGAAGGGCUUCAAAGAGAUGAGACUGCAAAACCACUUCCAUGUUCCCACUCCUCCCUAAAAUCCCUCCACAAACCAUCCAUACAAUACGCAAAACAAUACUGCCAAUCAAGAGAUACGAGGUUCCAUGCUACGGUUUUACCACCUGUGCUUUUUGCUUUGUCAUUUGCCAAUAUUUGUAUAGAAUGACUGUUUGUUUAUCAUGAAAGGUUAGAAUUCAACUUGUUACAGUUAAUGGUUGGCACACUGUUUGCCCAUUGAGUGCUGGUUCAGUGGCCCACCGUUUAUUUCCUUUCCCUAAAUGUGUUGUUGAACUAUACGCCCUACUUGAACACUCGAUGCACUUUCUUCUGUUAAUUUAUAGUGAAUGCAUUGUCAUGUGAUUCAGGAAUGAUUAACUGCUGUUGCAAAUUGGGGAGUGAACUUCAAAGUGACUGAUGAUUAUAUGGGUUGUCCCCACCCCUUUGGCCAAAAAAUUUACCAGAAGUGACCGUGUGAAAGGAAAGGUGAUAGUUUGAUUGAACACUUAGGAUUAUUUAAUUAGGAAUAAAUAAUCGAAACAAAAUAUUGGGAAAUUAAUCCCUGUGGUUGUUUUUGUAAUUGUUCUACUUGAUCUUUUGAGUGGCAUUUACAGUGAAAAAGACUGUUGCCUUUUAUAGAGCGCAAAGUGACAACGCUGAAAUAUUCUUAUACUGUAACACCUUUUGUGUAAUUUUGUUAUACAGGCACUUAAUGUUACAUCUGCAGCUACUGUUUUAUUUCAGAUUUAGUUUUAAUACAUUAACAUUUGCCGCAUAAGUAAAGCUAAUGCAUCUAGGCAAAGUGUUGCUUGUGCACAGGGUAGAAUGUUUAUUGCUUCUGGUGUAAAAAAAAAAAAGUUAGACCAUGAGAGGUGACUUGAAAUUUUUCCCAUUUUGUGGUCUAGCAUCCAACUAUAUUCAUUCAAUCUGCCAGGUAAAGUAUGUUACUGGGUGUUUUUAUAUUUCCAGUGCCAACGUAGGACCCAGAUCAAUUGAUUUCCUUGAAUAUGGAUUGUGCAAUAUGACUGUACUAUUAAGAUAUGGUCUAAUAUGUAAUUUACUAGUUAAUCAUUUAAUUACAUUGCUUUUCAUUUAGAUUUUUUUUUUUUGUAGUAGUUAGUUUGUGAGCACUAUUAAAAUAUGAGCCAGGGGUUUAUUGUAAAGGGAAAACAGCUGGAUUAAUUGUGGAAAUGCACUCUGUUUUUGUGUUGGUGGCUUGGUGAGUUUCUUUAUGAUUGUGUUAAUUUACUUUGUGAUUCAUGCUUGUGAAAAUGACCCAAGCAUGUACUACAUUUUGUGUGUGUGUAUUUGAAACAACAGAAUUAACAUCAGCGCAUUACAGCACUGAUAUCUGAUUACAGGCUAUACAAUUUAGAUGUAUAGUGUUGUGAUCUUAUAUGGGAAGCUAUAUCGUUAUCAUUUAAAACUCCAUAUCCAACUCCAUAAAGUCAAAACAGUGGCAUCGGUAAUAGUUUUGCAGCUGCUUAGUAUCCCAUUUUUAUUUUAAUCUGUGCCAAAUGUGGAUUGCUUGAACAUCGGAUGAAGUGUACGAUGAGUGAUUACUGUCCCCUUGUAUUUUCUGUGCCAUCUUGACAGUUUUUGAUCUUUGACAACACUGAUGCAGCACAAGUGAAAUGUUUACAGGUGAGGAAAAAAAAACUGAAUCUUAUGUUUAAAGCACCACAUUUAAUUUGACCAUCUCUGUGCAUAAGACUGUCUCUGUGUGACAGUUAUAUUUCUCUUCCAGAUGGAAGCAUAAAUAUAAAGUCAGGAUGCUUUGGUUUUAUAAUCUGCACAGUCAAGCACAAACUUGUGAAAAUGUUUUCAAAACAUGUUUAUUGGAAUUUUUGUUCCUCUGAAAAAUAUCACUGAAGUCAAUCUUUAGCAGUUUGUGAAAUUAGAGUUCCUGUUGCUGUCUGUACUUGCUAGCCAUGAUAUUCUUGCAAUGCAUUUUUGUAAUAAUACGUGAGCAAUAGGAGAGGGUUCCUCCCUCAAGCACUAAAUCACCUGAAUGUCCCAGAUCUGACAUCUGUAACUCUCAGAAUGAGAUCAUAAAGGGGUAGCCAAAUUGCUUUGGCCUAAUUACCCUUUGUAUAAUUAUAUACACCUAUGAGCAGAACAUCAUGUGAUGAAUAUGUAUGGAUAAAUUAACCCAAAUUAUGGCAUUAAAACCUUUAUAUUCACAGACAGAAUGCAGGAAUUAAAAAUAUAUCCCAAACAAGUAAUAAUUACAUGUUACCCAUUAACAUAUAAGGCACUCUAUAUUAUAUAGUUACUCUAAGCAUAACUAUCCUUGUCCUAUUUGACCAAAACUUAAUUAUACCCAGAAUGUAGGCUUUUUUCAUCAACGUAAACUGACACAAAACAUGAGAUAAAUCAUCAUUAAUCGAGCGUUUCAAGCUUUUAUAAGAUAAGAGUUAAUUAAAAGUUGAAAUUCACAUUGUAACCAAUUAUUAAUGGAGACUACUAAAUGAAAAUUCUGUCAUUUACUUACCCUCAUGUCAUUCCAAACCUGCACUCUCAGAAAUAAAGGUACAAAAGCUGUCACUGGGGCGGUACCUUUUCAAA